AGACUUCUCACACGACUUUCAAAGUACAAAAAUCUCUGCCUGAAAAUUUUAAAACCUUUUGUUUUGUUUGGUCUCUCUCUCUUCCUCUCUUCUCCUUGUUUUUUUAUUUUAACUAUUUUCUUCUCAGCAAAAAAAGAAAAAAACAGACAAAGAAACUUCCUUUUUGUGAUAAAGGUAUGAUGAUAGCAAACAAAUGAUACACCCAUGUCUUCUGUGUCUGCUUCAUGCAACAUGUUGGUUUGGAUUUGGUUAAUCUAAAGUUCUCUCUUUUUUUAAAGAUAAGGUUUUCGGAUUCUCUUCCUGUUUGUAAUAGUUUCUUGUCGGAGAGCCCAUCAACCCAAAACCAAAAAAGAAGAAGAAAAGAAAAAAAAAAGUUUUAUUUCUAAUUUUUUUACUGGAGAAGAAAAGGAAAAAAAUCAAUGGCGAAUCCUUGGUGGGUUGGGAAUGUUGCAAUCGGUGGAGUUGAGAGUCCCGUGACUUCAUCAGCUCCUUCUUUACACCACAGAAACAGUAACAACAACAACACACCGACUAUGACCCGUUCGGAUCCAAGAUUGGACCAUGACUUCACCAGUGGAAGCCCUAAUAAUACUCAGACUCAGAGCCAAGAAGAGCAGACCAGCCGUGACGAGCAACCGGCUGUUGAUCCUGGAUCUGGAUCCGGUUCUACGGGUCGGCGUCCUAGAGGUAGACCUCCUGGUUCCAAGAACAAACCAAAGAGUCCGGUCGUUGUCACCAAAGAAAGCCCUAACUCUCUUCAGAGCCAUGUUCUUGAGAUCGCUACUGGCGCUGACGUGGCGGAAAGCUUAAACGCCUUUGCUCGUAGACGCGGCCGUGGUGUUUCUGUGCUGAGCGGUAGUGGUUUGGUCACUAAUGUUACUCUGCGUCAGCCUGCUGCGUCUGGUGGAGUUGUGAGCUUGCGUGGUCAGUUUGAGAUCUUGUCUAUGUGUGGUGCUUUUCUUCCUACUUCUGGUUCUCCUGCUGCAGCCGCUGGUCUAACUAUUUACUUAGCUGGAGCUCAAGGUCAAGUCGUGGGAGGAGGUGUUGCUGGCCCGCUUAUCGCCUCUGGACCUGUUAUUGUGAUAGCUGCUACGUUUUGCAAUGCCACUUACGAGAGGUUACCGAUUGAAGAUGAACAACAACAACAACAACAACAACAAGAGCAGCAACUACAGCUAGAAGAUGUGAAGAAGCAGAAGGUGAAGGAGGAUGAUGAUAACGAGAGUGGGAAUGAUGGAAACGAAGGACCGAUGCAGCCUCCCAUGUAUAAUAUUCCUCCUAAUUUUAUGCCUAAUGGUCACCAAAUGGCUCAACACGACGUGUUUUGGGGUGCUGCUACGCCUCGUGCUCCUCCUUCAUAUUGAUGAUAGUUUAGUUAGGCGGUGGUGGUGGUUGGGUUGGCACGUUUGGAAGGAUGAUUAUAUUUUCCGUUAGGAUGGUUAGGCUUUUGUUUAUUAAAGCUAUCAAGUAUCUUUUUUUCACGGGUGGUCGGACUUUUAGCUAGUGUUUGUUGGUUUGUUUUGUGACGGCUAUUACUGGUUUUUCUGACUUGACUAUUUUGAUCGCGGAUAGCUUUGUAUGAAGGUGAAAUUGAUUGUAGAAUCGUCUUUAAAAUUUGAUGUUGGAAAAACCAAAGCAAAUGGUGUGUGCAAUGGAAGCAAUUACGACUA